CCUCCCCCACCUCAGAACCACGCCGUGUCUUGCCAGCCAACGUCUUUUACAACUCCGUAUCGCAAACCUCGAACCUCCAGACGCGUCGUCCUAGCAGGCGCUUCGUUCUCUCCACUCAUGGCCCUCGACUCCCGGAUGUAAUGUGCCGCAAGGGCAUUUGCAAGCCGAGAAGAAGCUGCCCCUGAACGUGUUCAAAUUCCGCGGAUCGAAAGCAAGAAGAAUGGCUGCUCAGUCUACUUUGCAGCGUCGGGAGGAUCCUCUCGUGACGCUGUACAAGUACUACGCCGACUGGGUUCGCUCCCGAUUCAAGCAUUCGUCGAAAACCACCAAACUCAUCGCUACAGUCGCGCUCCUCCUGUCGAUCGUGGGCUCUGGAUAUGGUGGUUACAAGCUGUUCCGGGAAAGGGCGAAGGAAAAUGCCCGCGGUAGGCGAUUGCUGCGCCGCAACUCUGGAAUCAAGGGGAAGGAUGGCUCCCGGACUAUAUACGUGCCCUACCGGGACUCCAUGACCUCCAAGGUCAAGAUCUAUCCCACGAAGAUGACCACCUUUGAUGCGCAUCGACGGUUGUUUCUGAACCCGCCUGCCUCGGCUCGUGCGAGUGACGGGGAAUCGGUGAACCAGAUUCCUCCGCCGACGACGAAGCCGGGGUUGAACUUAGCCUUCCUCCACCAGUUCCUCAGCCUGGGAAGCAUCAUGGUCCCCCGAUGGGGAAGCAAGGAGACCGGUCUUUUGAUGGGCCAUGGUGUUUUCUUGCUGCUGCGGACAUACCUGUCGCUGUUGAUUGCUCGGCUAGAUGGUGAAAUUGUCCGCGAUCUCGUCGCAGGCAAAGGUCGUGCCUUCAGCUGGGGGAUCAUCAAAUGGUGCGGGAUCGGAACGCUGGCCUCCUACACGAACGCAAUGAUUAAAUUCCUGCAGUCGAAAGUGUCGAUUGCUUUCCGGACCCGACUCACUCGAUAUAUUCAUGACCUGUACCUCACCAAUAACAACAACUACUACAAACUCAUGAACCUGGAUGGCGGUAUUGGGCAAGAUGCCGACCAGUUUAUCACGCAAGACCUGACGCUUUUCUGUUCGGCAGCUGCGGCACUAUAUUCGUCGAUGGGAAAGCCGCUGGUGGAUCUGUUUGUGUUCAACUACCAGCUGUACCGCUCCUUGGGACCUCUCGCCCUCAGUGGUAUUCUUACGGGCUACUUUAGUACGGCAAUUGUCCUACGGAAACUGUCUCCACCCUUUGGAAAGCUGAAGGCCGUUGAGGGCAAGAAGGAGGGCGACUUCCGUGGUCUCCAUUCUAGAUUGCUGGCCAAUGCCGAGGAGAUUUCUUUCUACGGGGGCGCCGACAUUGAGCGGGUGUUCUUGACGAGAAGCUUCAAGGAUCUUCAACGCUGGAUGGAAGGUAUCUACAGUCUCAAGAUUCGCUACAACAUGCUCGAGGAUGUCAUCCUGAAGUACUCGUGGUCCGCGUUUGGCUACCUGAUCACUUCCCUGCCCGUCUUCCUACCUGCUUGGGGCGGCACAGGUGGUGCAACGGAGUUGGCCGGUACCCCCGAGUCGGUCGGUCGGGAACGGGGUCGCAUGAAGGAUUUCAUCACCAACAAACGUCUGAUGCUGUCCCUGGCGGAUGCCGGCGGCCGCAUGAUGUACAGCAUCAAGGAUAUCUCCGAAUUGGCUGGCUACACAUCGCGAGUGUAUACGCUUAUUUCGACGCUGCACAGAGUGCAUGCCGAUGCCUACUAUCCUCCACGAGGUUCGCACGCGGACCUGUAUUCUUUAGCGGACGUCCAGGGUACUAUCCACAACGGGUUCGACGGAGUCCGUCUCGAGCAAGUUCCCAUCGUUGCGCCAUCCCUCUACCCCAUGGGCGGCGAGGAACUCAUUGAAUCUCUCUCGUUCAUUGUGCACUCUGGUGACCACCUUCUCAUCUCGGGGCCCAAUGGCGUUGGAAAGUCUGCCAUUGCCCGGAUCGUGGCAGGCCUCUGGCCCGUGUAUCGCGGACUGGUCAGCCGACCGAGAGGGUUUGGUCUUGACGGGGCAAUGUUCCUACCACAGCGACCCUAUCUCAGCGUGGGAACCCUGCGUGACCAAGUGAUCUACCCCCACACUGAGAUGGAAAUGCACGAGGCAGGAGAAUCGGACGCCAACCUCCAAAAGAUCCUGGACGACGCCUUCUUGGGCUAUCUCCCGGCCCGCGAGGGCGGAUGGGACUCCCGGAAAGAGUGGAAGGAUGUUUUGAGCGGCGGCGAAAAGCAGCGAAUGGCCCUCGCACGAUUGCUCUACCACGAGCCUCGGUACGCCUUCCUUGACGAGGGGACCUCUGCCGUCUCCUCGGACGUCGAGGGUCUGCUGUACGAACGAGCCAAGGAGCGAGGCAUCACGCUGAUCACGAUUUCUACGCGUGCGUCCCUCAAAAAAUACCACACCUACAACCUCACGAUUGGACUUGGAGCCGAAGGCGAGCACUGGGAAUUUGAGAGGAUCGGUACGGCGAAGGAGAAGCUGGGCGUGGAGAAGGAGCUGCAAGAGCUCCGCAAGCGCCUUGACAAGGUGGAUGAGUGGAAGCAACGGCGCGAAGAGAUUGAAAGGGAGCUGAACAAGGUGUGGGCUCAAGAAGGAGAGCUGGCUCCACCCCCUUAUGUGGCCGAUCCCGAGCCAGCAGAGAGCCAGUAGUUUUGGAGGAUCCGGAGUAUUAUGUGAGACAUCUGCUGCAGAUGGGUUCCUUGUGAAUAUAGAAUGAAGUAGAAUGUUCAGCCAUAAUAUUUUCUCAAAUAGUAUUGAUCUCCG